UCGCCAGCAUUCCUUGUUUCCUGCCAUGAGCUUCAGCACGCCCCCGCAACGAGGCUUCGACUCGCAGGCGGAACUGGGCCCCCAGCUCAGCCACCACAAUCCGCGCUUGCCCUCUGGCGUCGCCCUCCAGUCCUACGACAACUUCUCCUCGCUGCUCUCUGAGCCCGCCGGCGCUGACUCGGCCGAUCAUCCCUCCAGUAACAUGCCGAAAGUCGGUGAAACGCGAUGUUACUGGUCCCUCCUCAACUCGGAGCUGCAGUUCCUGUAUCUCGACCCCGUCCUCGCAAACCAUCUCGGGCAGCAGGCCGAUGCGCUCAUUGGCAAGCCCCUGCUCGCCUUCGUCCAUCCCGAUGAGCAGGCCUCCGCCAGGCACGAUCUCGGCAGCGUUCUCGAGUCGCGGACGUUGCACGGCAGUGUCACCCGCGUGAAGUACUGUCGUCUCUCCAGCGUCCGCCGGAAGCUGGGUGCGUCGGAUGCCAUCUCGCCCUGGACCGAUGGCGACAAAAUCGCGGUCGACCAGAACUACAUGGCCGUCGACAUUGUUAUCAAUUGGGCAGCAGAGGGUCUAGUGCUGUGCUUCAUGCAUGCCGUUGUCGAUCUCACGCCGUACGACAAUGAUCCCCGGUAUAAGACCGGCUGGUCAAACUGGUGCAGCACCCCUGCCUACGCCAUGGACAGCCACCAAAUCCAGCUAAUGUACAACCGUCUCGUGCAAUAUGUGCCACAGACCGGGACCCUGGACAGGGUCUUCCAGAUCCUCGCAAACCAGCAAGGAAACAGGCAUUGCUUGAUAAGCUGGCCGCCUGAUCAGGGCGACGGGCACUCCGGGGGUAUCGCGUCCAAGGACUUCGUCCGACUCGCAGAAGAAGUCCAGAUCGGUGAGAACCCUGGCAGUGGCGCUAGCGACGCGAAGACAAGUUGCACGAGGAGGUACAAGGCGCUGCAGACCGUCAACGUUGGAAUGGACGAUCUCAAGGAGGUGGAGAGCAUCUUCAUCCCUCAUGGCACUAUCAUAUUCGCCUGCCAUAAGGUAAACCCCCGGCCCAGCUUGAACGGCGCCGCCUACGGCCAACAGUCGAACGCGUAUUCUCAGCAACCACAGCAGCAACAGCAACAAUACUACAACAACUCGUUUCCGCUGCCAUCCCUCUCCGACCCCACAUCUCAGUACAACGGGUACGUUAACCAGCCUCACGCACAGAUGCAUGCGCAACAACCAUACAACGGCCAAUGGUCCGAGGCCUCUUCCUCUCAGGCACAGCAGUACUACCCGACUCAGCAGCAGGCAUGGACUGCCGCGCCCGCAUCUUCGACUGGACAAAUGCCUUACAUGGACCCGUUGUCACCGUCCUACCCCUAUGUUGGUUCCCAAGAGGGUGCGUCGCCAUCUAAUCUGUCUACCGGCAGCUCGUCUAUCUCUGCGAGUGCCGGCCACGCGAACGGUAACGACGGUAGCGGGGGCAACGUCAAUGACGCUGUCCCGCCGCCGAGACAUGCGUCGCGGCGGAACGGAAGCCCGAAUACUUCUACUACGAGAGACUCGUACGGGAGCGGUGGACGCAGCUCAGGGAACCCGCCCGUGGGUAUCGUGAAAUGUUCCAGCUGCAAGGCUACCCAAAGUCCAGAGUGGCGGAAGGGUCCGAGUGGUAAGAAGGAUCUGUGUAACGCUUGUGGCUUGCGCUAUGCUCGUUCGAGAGCUAAGAAAGAAGGUAUCACGAGUCAGAGACGGCGUAAAGACCGGACCUACGGCUCUACAGCCUCACCUGCAUCUACUGCAUCUCCUGCUGUCAAGUCGGAGCCCCUGCCUCAGACACCACUUACUCCGGCCUCCCCGGCGGCUUCGUAUGCAAGUUCUGCAAUGAGGCGGGGCGGCUACGACGAGGCCCAAAACUCGUUCGGCACGUCCCAACCAAGCGCUGCUCAUAACCUUUCCUCAAAUCUGAACGGGCUUACGCCUUCUCCAUCGCCUUCUCCCUCCACCUCUAAUCCGUUCGGGCAACACUACUCUCAGCAUCCCAACACGGCUUCGCCUACCAGCAGCGGUUUCUAUUCGCCCGUCUCUCCUACCGGUCCUCCCUCCAUGAUGAAUCAGCAGCUGCAUCAGCGCCAGGCCGUGCAUAUGGCCGGUGCUUCUGGGGUUCCGAGGCCUCGGCUGGAUUCGUUAUCUUCCUUCCCCAAUAGUCAUAGCCGCCUUUCUAUCUCCUCGUCAUCCCCUGCCUCGGCGUCCCCGCUUAGUGCCCCCGGUUAUGAUAGGGAGCGGGAACGUGACCUGCAGUCCGGGCAGCGUAUGUCCAUGGGCGGCGACAACGGUUCUGGGAUGGCCUUGCCUCCUACCCCCGUGUCUGCGGGGAUGGAGCCGCAGAGACACCGGAUUUAGGUAUCGUCGCCGACACGAUGAAAACACUGGUGACGUGGAGAAGCCGUUUCCCUAACUAUAUGGUCAAUUGAUGGAACUGUAGGCUUGGCCUUGUGGGCCGUAUAUUAUACUCUACUCCCGCUCGUGCAGUUCGGACACACGCCAAGGACUUGUGCUGACGAAUGUAUUUUAGCAUGGAUUACAAUGACAUCCUCCUUUUAUUUUUCUCCCGCUUCUUAUUCUCAGCGCGCGCCGUUUUCCGCUUUCCCCCCACCUCUUGAACAUAUUUAUCCAUUGCCCCCAUGCCCCCCUUCCUUCUCUUCGAAGCGGCUUGUUCAUAUGAUUUCAGCGUCUAUGUAUUGUACGAUUAUGAAUAGAACCGGCUGCCCGCAUCCCGGGCUCCUUCACUCA